AUGGGUCCAACCAAAUCUCCAUUUUGGAAACCAGUCAUUUUUUAUUUCAAUGAUGAAAUACCUGCUUCUAAAGGAGAAAAACUAAAAGGUAAAAUAUUAAACCUUUAUUCUAGGUUCCUUCGCUAUCAAAUUUGUUUAAGACGAUCUAAUCCUUAUUAAAUUAUCUGCCCAUACAAAACAAUACCAUUAAAUAUAAUCUUUUAGAUUAAAUUGA